ACACGCACGGAGCAGGACGGCGCGCAAAACUCAAUCCAACCCUCCGCAAAAUAUGCAUCCUAACUAUGUCAGCUGGCUGGGGACUCUGGGGUUCCUGCUGUGGGCGCUGCUCUGCCUGGGCGCCUGGACGGAGGCUUACCCGGUGAAACCCGAGAACCCCGGAGAGGACGCCCCGGCGGAGGAGCUGGCCAAGUACUACUCAGCUCUGAGACACUACAUCAACCUCAUCACGAGACAGAGGUAUGGAAAGAGGUCCGAUCCCGAGAUUCUGGACACCCUGGUCUCAGAGCUGCUGUUGAAGGAGAGCACAGACACGCUUCCACAGUCGAGAUAUGACCCAUCUCUGUGGUGAUGUCGUCGCCGGUAUCGGCUCUCAUUCACUGCUGAUACUUCGGCCUCCGUCACUUCAUACUGUCUCACGACAACGACCACCUUGCCUCUGCGACCUUUCACCUCGGCGAGCCGCCACCUGUCGACAGCCCCACCGCCCUUCCCCAUCAGCUACAGUCAGCACUCCUCAUCGCCGGCUAUGUGCCAUGAAAUUGUAAAUAGUUGACUCAGAGUCGCCAUCUGUGAAACAUAACAGCUAAGUGGAAGAGGGGCAUGUUUGUUUGUAUUUUGUGCUAUUAAAGAUUGACGGUUUGAA